AUGUCAACACUUUCACAAAAGCUUGCAGGAAUUGUUUUGCCAACUGAUAAAUACAGUUCUCAUCUAAAUUCCCAAGGUGAAGAUCCUAUUUUUGGACAACAAGUUAUAACAAAAUAUACGGACCAAAGAGCCUCUCCAUUUGAUGAUGUUACAUUUUCAGAAUCUAAUUAUAAUAAUACUGAUAAACCUACUUGGAGGUGGCUAGAAAAUUACACUAAAAUAUAUCAAUAUUCUAUUGACAUUAGAAAAUUCAUAAAAAGAAAUAAUGGACAUUAUUUAAAUUCGCUUCAUGUAUUGGAGUUUUAUAAUAUAGACAAAUUACCUGGUUAUGACAUGCACUGUUACUUCUUGAUAAAUUAUAGUAAUCUUUGUUGCUCAAUCUGUGAUGCAUAUUUUCCAACAGGUUCAAUGGUUAUUCAACAUAUAAGAAAUCAACAUCCAAAAUGA